UUUUUUCCCCUUCGUGGAUGGGCGUGAGCCUGUGAAGGGGUGGGACGAAGAGAAUGGGGAAACGAGGGCAGUACAUCAGGAGAGUCGGAACUCCGCCCCGCGCCGUCAUUACCACCACCAUCGCCAGCAGGAGCCUGUCACGGCCCUUGAGUGGCGCGAGCCGAAGAAGGGCGCGCGGCGUUGAACAAUUCCCCCCUUUCUUCUUCUCUUCCUCCUCCCCUUCACGAGGGUCUCGCGAGGCGCAGCCGCGCCCCCUUUUUGUCGAAGAGCCAUGUCAGUCUCCCCCGUGAAGAGGCCGAAGAUGGAGUCGGCGCUGGAGCAGCUCAAGCAACACACCACCGUGGUGGCCGACACGGGGGACUUCCACGCUAUUGAGGAAUAUAAGCCUCUUGAUGCUACAACCAAUCCUUCCCUGAUAUUAGCUGCAGCCCAGAUGCCAUCCUACCAGCAACUGGUGGAAGAUGCUAUAGCACAUGGGAGGAAACUUGGUGGGUCAGAAGAUGAUCAGGUUAGAAAUGCUUGUGACAAGCUUUUUGUAUUGUUUGGGGCAGAAAUACUAAAGAGGAUACCUGGUCGCGUGUCUACGGAAGUUGAUGCAAGGUUGUCUUUCGACACAGAAGGCAUGGUUAAGAGGGCCAGACACUUCAUAGAUCUUUAUAAGGAAGCAGGAAUUAGUAAAGAUCGCAUCCUUAUCAAGUUGUCAUCAACAUGGGAAGGAAUUCAGGCUGGCAAGAUUCUCGAAGAGCGUCAUGGGAUCCAUUGCAACAUGACUUUGCUGUUUUCCUUUGCUCAAGCUGUUGCUUGUGCAGAGGCGGGUGUCACCCUUAUUUCUCCUUUUGUUGGCCGUAUUCUGGAUUGGCAUGUCGCAAAUACAGACAAAAAAGCCUAUGAGCCAUCAGAGGACCCAGGUGUGAAAAGUGUAACUAAAAUCUACCACUACUACAAAAAGUUUGGGUACAAAACUAUUGUGAUGGGAGCUUCAUUUCGAAAUACUGGAGAAAUCAAAGCACUCACUGGUUGUGACUAUCUGACCAUUUCGCCCAAGCUUCUGGGAGAGCUCAGUAAAGAUAACAGCAAGUUAACACCAGUCCUCAAUGUCAAAGAUGCUCAGACAUCCAACUUGGAGAAAAUUCAUCUGGAUGAGAAGUCAUUCCGCUGGCUCCACAAUGAAGACCAAAUGGCUGUGGAGAAAUUGUCUGAUGGAAUCAGAAAGUUUGCUGCUGACGCUGUUAAGCUGGAACAGAUGAUAAAGGAUCGCAUGUUCAGUGCUGCAAAUGGAAAUUAGGCAUGCCAAGCUUCUUGGAUAACAUACUGAUGUAAAAAUGCCUACAUGCUGCAUAAGAAAAAAAUUCUGUAUUCUAGGCUUUUUAUAUGAAUCUGCAAAGAGUGAAGAGAUUCUGAGUUUGUGGCAUUUUAAAAUAUUAACAUUGAUAUUAUUAUGGGAAUACAGUGGCUAGGAAUUAUAUAAUUCUUUUCCACCAAGAUUGUAAAUUGCCAAUAAUUAAAGGACCAAUUGUUGUGGAAGCGGUUUUGUUUAAAAUAUUAGUAAUAAAUACCCUGUAUAACAUUGUUUUGUUAUUUGUACUGCCAUGAAGAAUUUUGGAAAUUAAACAGCUCAAUCCCUUA